AUGAUGAUGACUGUUGCUGGUGCUGGUGCUGUUGCUGUUGCUGGUGCUGCUGUUGCUGGUGCUGGUGCUGCUACUGGUGCUGUUGUUGUUGAUGAUGAUUGUGGUCGAGGAUGUGGAGAUGGUGAUAACGAUGGAGAGGAUGACGGGGAAAGAGUUGAAGCUAUGUCCGUCGAGCAGACCUACAACUUGGGCUUCGCCAUGUCAAGACGUCAAGAGAAGACCUGCGGCUCCAACACAGAGUACAGAAUGAUCAACGCAAACGCAUCUAAUCUUUGCACCUGCUCGGCAUCAUGUGGAGAUCCGAUCCUCUGCUCAACGAUUUCCUCAGCCAGCUUUGGAAUCUUUGCCUUCGGCACUAAUGACCUCCCCUGCUUUCCAUACUCCACGAGCAAGAAAACAUCGAGCGACAAGCACAUCUUGCUGGCUGUUUUGCUCAGCCUGGGCCUCGCCUUGCUCGCUCUGAUUGUCGUGAUAUACGUCAAGUACAAGUUCGACCAGACGAAAAAGAAAGAAAACCUCGCAGAGCAGGAAGGGAACGUGAAUGUGCCACAAGAGGUAAAAACAGAUGUGGAGAAUCAAGGGGAGCUGCCUCCCCAGCCAACUUCACCAGAGGCUCUUCAAAAUUCUUCAUGGCUGACCUAUCAGCUCGAAAACGGGAGGGUCGGGAUGUUUCCCAACAACUACCAGACACCGGUCGCGCAAGAAGGAGAUGACUUCUACAGCCAUCAGACGCGAGAUGAGCUCGUAACUGUCCCCGUCCCUUCUCACCUCCCAAGUUCUCAAGUGGCUCAGACGGCCUCUCGCCCCCACGCCUCCCCGCCUGCUCUUGUUUCCAUCCCGAUCUUGUCUCACUCGUCUGCUGAGAACUUUCAGCCCCAGGCAACUCUCUUCUCGCCAAAUCUCGAGUCGUCAUCGCCACAGCAACUCGUCUCGAUCCCAGGGCCCUCAACGGUCAACGGACUUCAGUCCUUCGGGCAGGAUCCCAGGGAGCAAGAGCUUGAGGCGAUUCCUCUGCAUUCCCUGACCCUCCCUCAACCGGAUUUCGCUCCUGCUCCUCUACCAGUCUCCCUCGCUCCCUCCGACUCCCUCUCCCCUCCUCUUCACGAUCCUCCUUCAGACGCGUCCUCCAUCUACGACAGAUCGGCACUGGCCUGA